UUUUAAAGAGAGGGAGAGAGUUGACUAAUAUUUAGGUUUCUAUAUUGUUUUUCGGCAAUGCACCCAAUAUCUUUAAUUAACAUUGAACCCCAUCUGAUUUAAUGAAUUCUAUGAAAGUAAGUUUUACAAUUGCUCGGUAUACUUGAUCGAUCAUAAAAUGCUGUCGAUAAUUUUAAAUGUAUACACAGGGUAGAGUUUAUAAUAUUUAUUAGUUAUUGAUCCAUCAUUAUUAUGAUAGUAAUUUGUACAAAAGUUAAAUCGAAUGGACAGGAGCAGUCCUAAUGAUUCCUUCCUCUCCCCAUUUGCAGCUCAAAUUUUAAAAAUAGAUACACCAUAUAUCCUCUCCUAUAUAACAAUCUAUUUCUUUCCCUCUAUCAUUCUUCACUGAACGGAUAACCGGAGCCUAGUGUUUGAGUUGCCAGCGAGUUGAGGGUUCUUUCUGCUGCUUCCUCUUCUUUCUGAAAUUCUAAAGGUUUUAUAGAAAUGGACGACUUUGGGGAUAUGGAACCCAUUGUUAUUGACAAUGGAACCCAUUGGGGAUAUGGACGACUUUGGGAAUGAUGAAGGCGGGUUUCGCUGGUAAUGGUGGUCCCACUGCAAUCUUUCCCAGUAUUGUGGGUAGGCCACGUGGGGUUAUGGUGGGCACUGGCCAAAAAGAUGCCUAUGUAGGAGAUGAAGCCCAGUUAAAAAGUGAUAACUUGACUUUGAAAUAUCCUAUUGAGAAUGGCAUUAUUACCAACUGGGACGAUAUGGAAAAGAUCUGGCAUCACACAUUCCAAAAUGAGCUUCGUGUUGACCCUGAAGAGCACCCUGUGCUCCUUACUGAUGCACCACUAAAUCAGAAGGUAAACAGACAAAAGAUGACUGAAAUCAUGUUUGAGACCUUCAACGUUCCUGCCAUGUAUGUUGCAAUCCACGCUCUGCUUUCUUUGUUCGCGGUUGAUCGAAAAACUGGUAUCGUGUUGGAUUCUGGAGAAGGUGUGACCCACGUAGUCCCAAUUUACAAAGGUUACCCACUUCGUCAUGCCAUCAAACGUCUUGAUCUUGCGGGUCGUGACCUCACAGAUUCCCUAAUGAGAAUCAUUAACGAAAGAGGUUACUCAUUCACCACCCGUGCUGAACCGGAAAUUGUUCGUAAAAUGAAAGAAAAUCUUGCUUAUGUGGCUCUUGACUACGAGCAAGAACUCGAAACCGCAAAAAGUAGUUAUUCAAUUGAAAAGAGCUAUGAAUUGCCCGACGGGUUGAUGAUCACGAUCGCGAGUGAGAGAUUUCGGUGCCCGGAGGUUCUCUUCCAGCCAUCUCUGAUUGGAAUGGAAGUUGCUGGCAUUCACGAGAUUAUAUACUCCUUGAUCAUGAUGUCUGAAGUUGAUAUCAGGAAGGAUCUUUAUAAAAAUAUUGUGCUUAGUGGUGGGUCAACCAUGUUCCCGGGGAUUGCUGACCGGAUAAGCAAGGAAAUUACCGUCCUUGCCCCCAGUAGCAUGAGGAUCAAGGUGAUUGCGCCGACCGAUCGGGAACAUAGUGUCUGGAUUGGAGGAUCAAUUAUGUCAUCUCUCAACACCUUCCUAGAGGAUUUGAUCUCCAAGAAAGAAUAUGAUGAGUGUGGUGCGUCUAUCGUCAAUAGGAAAUGUUUAUAUAGAUCCGGGUUUAAACGGAACAAGAAAAGGCGCUGA